AUAAAACAGAAUACAAUUCAUUACCAAAGUAGACAAUACAAUUAAACAGUCAGUCACUGAAUAAAAAAAGAAAAGAGAGAUGGUUCUGCUCCUGAAACCUCUCAUUUUCCUACACGAUUUAUCUCUUGCCCUCCUCACGGUAAUGUUCCACGGAGAAGGUCUUAAAGCAUCCGUGGAUGGAGUGCGGACAGGCAUGUACACUAUGUGGAGUUCUACGAGGAGUACACUCAUAGUUCCAGUGUUCACGUGUUUAGUGGCUUUGUGUUUGAUCAUCUCAUUCUUAGUUUCCAUAGAGAGUGUUUAUAUGAAUCUCGUAAUCCUCUACGUCAAGCUGUUUGACCGCAAACCAGAGAAAGUCUACAAAUGGGAGAAAAUGCAGGAAGAUAUGGAGCUAGGUCACCAAAACUACCCAGUGGUUCUUAUCCAGAUCCCAAUGUACAACGAACGAGAGGUAUUUGAAUUAUCUAUUGGUGCUGCAUGCAGACUAAUGUGGCCAUCGGAUCGACUAAUCGUUCAAGUUUUAGACGAUUCCACCGAUCCAGACAUCAUGGAACUGAUAAACAUGGAGUGUGCAAAAUGGGCAUCAAGAGACAUAAACAUAAAAUAUGAGAGGCGAGACAACCGAAAUGGCUAUAAAGCUGGAGCUUUGAAACACGGCAUGAGGCACAGUUACGUUAAGCAAUGCAACUAUCUAGUCAUCUUUGAUGCUGAUUUCCAGCCCGAGCCGGAUUACCUUCAGCGCACUAUCCCGUUUCUUAUCCACAAUCCUGAGCUCGCUCUCGUCCAAGCCCGGUGGAAAUUUGUGAACGCGAACACAUGUUUGUUGACAAGGAUGCAAGAAAUGUCUCUCAACUACCAUUUCAUGGCAGAGCAACAAUCUGGAUCCACCAGACAUGCUUUCUUCGGCUUUAAUGGAACGGCGGGAGUAUGGAGAAUUGCAGCGAUGGAAGAAGCCGGAGGAUGGAAAGACCGGACGACCGUAGAGGACAUGGACUUGGCAGUUCGUGUUGGUCUUCUCGGUUGGAAGUUUGUUUUCAUAAAUGAUGUCGAGGUGAAAAGCGAGCUACCAAGCCAAUUCAAGGCCUUUAGAUUCCAGCAACAUCGGUGGUCUUGUGGUCCAGCUAAUCUAUUCCGGAAAAUGACGAUAGAAAUUAUUCACAACCAGAGAGUGAAGAUCUGGAAGAAAUUUUAUGUGAUCUACAGCUUCUUUUUCCUAAGGAAGAUCAUAAUCCAUUCCUUCACUUUCUUCUUCUACUGUGUCAUUCUUCCUACAAGUGUAUUUGUUCCCGAAGUCAAAAUUCCAAAUUGGGCAACUAUAUACGUUCCUUCUGUAAUCACCCUUCUUAGUGCCAUUGCCACUCCGAGAUCAUUCUACCUCGUGAUUUUUUGGGUCUUAUUCGAAAAUGUAAUGGCUAUGCACCGGACCAAGGGAACACUCAUUGGUUUAUUUGAAGGUGGAAGAGUUAAUGAAUGGGUUGUCACCGAGAAAUUAGGAGAUACUCUUGCCACUGAUCUACUCCCUCAGUUGCGAAAGCCUCGCUACGGAUUUCUCGAAAGAGUAAAUUCAAAGGAGAUGGUCAUGGGUAUAUACAUAUUAUGUUGUGCAUGCUAUGACUUUUUCUUCGGAAACGCAUUUUUAUAUCUAUAUCUCUUGAUGCAAAGCGCUGCCUUUCUCAUCUCCGGAGUUGGUUUUGUUGGAACAUAAGGUGUCAGAUUUGGAAAUAUUGAGACACCUAGACAUUCAGUUAAGAACGAACUUGAUAGUCAUUAUCAUGUUGAUAUAUGUGUAUUACUGUGAAAAAUAUAUGUGUAUUAAUUUGUCUAAAAUGAUGAUGAUGAUAAUGUAUAAUAUUAUUAUUUGGUUCAACAACAUUUUAAAGUUCCAACU